GAGAGGAGGAGAAGUUGAGUAAUUGAUGGAAAAACGAGGGUCAAUUGAGUAAAGUUGGAAAGGAGAGGAGAGAAGUGGGAACUAUCGGCGUCGGUUGAUUGGUGUGAACCCAGAAAAUACAGCCGUUACAGACAGGCAUGGUGUGCUCAAGAUUCCAAGAAACCUCGCAGAACAUGUACUGAGCAGCCCCCCACCCCUCCCCAGAUUCUCUCUCUUAUUCUCGAGACUGCACCUCAAAUCUCUCUCUUUGUCUCUCUUCUUGGUACUAUCUCUCUCUCUCUUUUGUUUUUCUGCUACCAUGUUGAUGAGGGACAAAGAUCUCUCCCAUGGAUCAGAUAAUUGUCAAUCCACGCUCUCAAGACGGGUUUCCGACCAAAACCUUGAGAUUCCAGAAGAGAAAAUCGGGUUUCCUGAAAAGGGCAUCGAGUUUCUCAGAGAGUCAGGGAUGGGUCGUGAUGGGUUUCAAUCGAAACCCUUAAAAAUUGGGACCUCAGGGUCUCAAGAGUUGACUCUUAGCUAUCUUUGUGAUCCUUCCAAAUUGGGGUUUUCCGAGAAAGAACUUCCCGGGAAAAAUUACCUGAAUUCCCUGGACAAAGUUAGUUUCAAAGGAAAAGAGGUGAUUACGGAGGAUCCGAAUCAAGAGGACAGAUGGGUGGAGAGAGAUUUCCUGAAUUUGAACGAAAUUAGGGGAAAUUCCUCCAAGCGAGAGGUCGAAGAGGAGGCUGAAAGAGAGACUAGAGAGAAGAAACCGAAGCUGGAAACUCUCAAUCUCUCUCUAGCCUUGCCUGAUGUGUCGCUCUCUCUAACCGCGUCCAAUCCGGUGCAAAAUGCGGGGCCUCCUGUUCGGCCUAGGCCUAGCAGGAGCAUACAAUCUCUGGAACCCUCUAACAACAAUACCCAAACAACAUGUUCUAAUGAUUUCACAGCAGCAUCCUUGUCGUAUUCCUAUUCUCACCCAUUUUCUCACAACCCCAGUUGUUCACUCACCCGUAAUUCUACUGAGAAUUAUGAGUAUUCAGUUGGGAGAGAGGCUGACCAAAUUUGGAAUUGCGGGGAGGGUACUAAUGGGUCCGUUCACAGUCGGUUUAAGCCUAUUGGUGAUGGGGUAGGUUUGUCAAAUCACGGCGGUGGAGUUUAUCCAUUGAUGCAAGGUAGUCGUAUGAUCAAUAAGGAGCCAUGCAAUAGUCUUCAUAGGGCAGCAAGCUCUGAAAACCAUUCAUUCUUCCCCUCCGAAUUGCCUGCAAGGCCGAGAAUGGAUACUCAAUCCGGGGACUCGAGAGGGAAAGGUUCUGAGCAUUUGAGAGGUUUAGAAAAUUUGGAUGGAGGAAGGGCUCGGAAGCUUUCUAGGCCGGAGAGGAUUCUCCGAGAAAUUGUAUCCGACUCUGUCCCUCACAUGGCUCAAAUAAUUCAGGGGCUUCCCAAUGAAACAGUUGAAUCUACUAAGGAGUACUUGAAGAAUAUAAUUGCAGCACCUGAGAAGGAGGAGUUGGUUGACCUCCAGAACCGGCUUGAGAGGAGAUCUGAUCUUACUUCUGAGACUCUCUCCAAGUGCCACGAAGAUCAACUAGACAUUUUUGUUGCAGUGAAAAUGGGUCUUGGAAACUUCUUAUCGGGUAAAAAUCGUCUCCCUAAUACCGAGUUGGUGGAGAUUUUCUUGCUCACCAGAUGUCGAAAUGUGAAUUGCAAGGCCAUGUUGCCUGUAGAUGAUUGUGAAUGCAAAAUUUGCUCAGCAAACAAGGGAUUUUGCAGGGAAUGCAUGUGUCCCGUCUGUGUGAAAUUCGAUUGCGCAAACAACACUUGUAGUUGGGUUGGCUGUGAUUUUUGCUUCCAUUGGUGCCAUGCUGCCUGUGGCAUUCAGAAGAAUCUCAUUAAACCAGGUCCUAGCUUGAAGGGGCCUUCAGGGACUACUGAAAUGCAAUUUCACUGCAUUGGGUGUGAUCAUCCUUCCGAGAUGUUUGGGUUCGUUAAAGAUGUGUUUUUUGCCUGUGCAAAGAACUGGGGUGUAGAAACCCUGAUAAAGGAACUUGACUGCGUUAGGAAGAUUUUCAGGGGAAGUGAAGAUUACAAAGGCAAGGAGCUGCACAAUAAGGCUGAAGAGAUGCUCUGCAAGCUUGAAAGUAAAAUGAUAUCUCCUUCAGAUGUCUGCAAUUACAUCAUUCAAUUUUUCAAAUAUACAGAUGGCAUGUCAGAUUUUCCUGCUGCUGGUGUAGUUUUGAAAGACUUGACAGCAACUCAGGCAAGCCUUAGAAAAGAUGCAGCUCCUCUUCCACCACCUACUUCUCUCUCUCCAAAAUCUUCCAUUUACAAUAUGAGCUCUUCAAGUGUACAGCGGGAUCUGCUGCUGCAUGAUUUCCGUCAGAAUGACCUCAAAGCCUCCCUCAUUGGUGAUCUAAAGACCAACGAUGAGUUUCGGUUUGGGAAGUCAUCUAAUAAAGAUAUGUUUGAUAGCUUGGAAAGCAUUGUACGGAUUAAGGAAGCCGAAGCCAGGAUGUUCCAGAAUCGGGCAGAUGAAGCUCAGAGAGAAGCAGAGGGGUACCGACGGAUGGUCCAUGCAAAGACAGAGAAGUUGGAAGAGGAGUAUACUGAAAAGCUUGCCAAACUAUGUUUGCAGGAAACUGAGGAAAGGCGGAGAAAGAAACUGGAGGAGCUGAAGGUGCUGGAAAAUUCACAUUGUGAUUACUACAACAUGAAGAUGAGAAUGCAAGCUGAAAUUGCUGGGUUGUUGGAGAGAAUGGAGGCCACCAAGCAGCAGUGGGUGUAAUUUCUGGCUUAAUUCCUUUUCUUGACUCUUUUUUUUUGCCUCUUACACUGUUUCUGGGUUAAAUUGGUUGCAAUGAUGAUGCAACCCCCCCCUCCCCUUUUUUUUUUUUUUUUUCAUCUUGGAUUCUGGUUGUUUUGUCAAAUGCAAAUGAAUGGUUUUCCUGCGUAAAAUUUUAAAUAUGUUUUCCUUUCUUCUCUUUUCUUGCCGACCAAAAAGGGGGAUAAAGGCAGAAUGAAAUUCAUUAAAGAGAAACUGGUUACUGAAUUUUGCGGCAAGGAAGACAAUAUUUGCAUUUCAAUUUUUCUUUAUUUGUUGCAUUUGAAAGCUACUGUCGGUAGUUUCUAUAUAUUAAAAAACCAUGUAUUAGCAUUCA